AAACUCCUUGAGAAAACGAGACAGACGUACGUCUGUGAAAGGGUAUGGAAGACGCGAUACUGGUAGGAGCGGCUCGAACCGGCGCCAUAUUGGUGCUUGAGGAAUUGAACGAAGCGUUGCUCGUGUACCGGCAAAGUCUGAAGAACCAGCGAGCGAGAGAAGACGACCGCUUUACGUUUGGGAGGCAAGGCAGUGAAGAUAUUUUCGAAAAUGCUAAUAACGAAGUCAUUUUUGAACACUUACAUCUCGAGAGUGAAGGACUAGAAGAGGUGGUGCGCGAGACGAUGCGUUCGCUCGAGAUCGACGGUAAUCUAGACUUCCUGAUAAACAACAUCGCGGAACAAAGAGCCGCACGUAUCGAGGAGGAUGCAAUUCUCGGGGACGCGCGAGAGAAACAGGCGGCACUUGCACAACUGCGUCAUAAUAUAGCCGGGGAACAGAAGAGGCGCAAGAAUGAGGAGGAACGCCUAAAAACUGAACUGCUGAGACUUCGGAAUUACUUUCAUACUAUUCUUCAAGAUGCUCAAAAUGACUAG